AUGGACCGAAACCUGCAAAGACCCUCUUCUUGGUGGAUUAUCGUCCUUAUCUCAGUUUCUACACUCGCAGAAAGCCGGUUAGUGUACAGCCGAGGCUCCAGCGCAGCAAACUCACGCACCCAGACCAGGACUCACGAUAACAUACAUCCCAGAGAGCCAGCGGUAAAACAGCAGCAAAGCGCAGAGUACAGUGUGCGACCUCGGCCUGUCGUGGUCAAGUGCCACCCGGACUCGAUGGAGGUCGUGGUGCAGGCCGACAUGUUUGAUACAGGCCUUCAGGUGGACGGUACACAUCUGCGCCUGGGCUCAGAUUCACUAGCUGAGGAGAGUGCAUGCAGAGCAUUCCCGUCAGGAGUCGCUGAAUUCACCAUCCGGACCAACCUGAUUGAUUGUGACACCAAACUCUCAUCGACAAAAGAGAAGAUUGUUUAUUCUAAUGUUCUGGUCUACUCACCGGAAGCUUCAUCUGAUGGCUUGCUUAGACUGGAUGGAGCAGCAAUUCCAGUUGAAUGCCAUUAUGAAAAGAAAUAUGCUGUGGAUAUCGUUUCUCUGCAUCCAACCUGGGUUCCUUUUGUCUCCAGGACCUCAGCUGAGGACCAAAUAGAUUUCAAUCUGCGACUCAUGACUGAUGACUGGCAGUUUGACAGGGGGUCUUAUUCAUACUUCUUGGGUGACCCCAUUCAUUUUGAAGUCUCUGCCGUCAUUGGUAACCACAUGCCCCUGCGAGUCUAUGUUGACUACUGUGUUGCCACAGCAACUCCUGAUGCGGAGACAACCUUAAGAUAUGACUUUAUUGAACAUUAUGGAUGUCUUACUGAUGCUUACCUGACAAACUCCAUGUCCCGCUUCUUACCAAGAGUUGCGGAGCACAAGCUGAGAUUUAAGCUAGAUGCCUUCAGGUUUCACCAGGAGCCCAGGAACCAGGUCUACAUAACCUGCUACAUGAAGGCUGUUCCGGUCACAUUAACUGUCAGCUCACAAAACAGGGCCUGCUCUUUAAUUGAGAACAGAUGGCGGUCAGUUGAUGGGAAUGACCAGGCAUGUAGAAGCUGCAAUAUAUCCCAUCAGGUUGAGGAGCCUCCCUCAACACAACCCCCUACAACUACCAUCAGCACCAAAGCCUGGUCCACCAUGAUUUCACAGGAAAGUUUAGUCCAGAGCGGAGAUGAGCAACAUCCAGCCAGAUAUAUCCGUUUCCGUCCAGGAAUGCAGCAGAGCCAACAAAACAAACCUUAUCAAUCUUCUGAUAGAUUAAUGAAGAGGGGAACAGACAAUAAAGCAGAGAAAACUAUGCAGCUGGGACCUCUUAUUGUCCUCCCAUCCAGCAAAUUUGUAACAACACCAACAGAUGCCAAAGUGGUGCUUUCACCAAAGAGCAACACCACCUGA